UAAGCGCGCAAAGUGCGGAGCACUGCCUCCUCCACCACUGCGCUCCGUGCGUCAAUGCGCGCACCGCAACACCCUGCACUCAUUUCCCUGCAGGUCGAUGCCUGGGGUUUAUCCGCUACUCCGAAAAGAAAGGUCUCCUCCAUGUCAUUGAGGUGUUCGGAAGCGCAGUGAAGAUGGCCAUCCACGUGGAAGGGUUGGUGGCGAUCGUCAUCUUCUACUUGCUGAUCCUCGGAGUGGGAAUAUGGGCCGCCUGGAAGAACAAGAACUCCGGCGUGGAGGAGGGAACGGACCGCAGUGAGACCAUCAUGGUCGGGGGACGAGACAUCGGACUGUUUGUGGGAGCGUUUACCAUGACGGCUACAUGGGUGGGAGGUGGAUACAUUAACGGCACUGCUGAGAAUGUGUAUUUACCAGGUUUUGGCUUGGCCUGGGCGCAGGCUCCAUUUGGAUACGCCAUGAGUCUUGUAUUAGGUGGCCUGUUCUUCGCCAAGCCCAUGCGCUCCCGUGGCUACGUCACCAUGUUGGACCCUUUCCAGCAGCUGUACGGAAAGCGCAUGGGUGGCCUGCUCUUCAUCCCCGCACUCAUGGGGGAGAUGUUCUGGUCGGCCGCCAUCUUAUCAGCCCUCGGAGCAACACUGAGCGUCAUUGUGGACAUUGAUAUUAACAUGUCGGUCAUCAUUUCUGCUCUCAUCGCCAUUUUCUACACACUGGUGGGUGGUGUUUACUCAGUGGCCUACACAGAUGUGGUUCAGCUCUUCUGCAUCUUUCUGGGACUGUGGAUCAGUGUCCCGUUCGCGCUGUCCAACCCUGCUGUGUCUGACAUCGGCCUGACUGCAGUUGAGAAGCUCUACCAGGAGCCCUGGCUGGGGUCGAUCAAAAGCGCUGAUAAAUGGAUGUGGGCAGACAACUUCUUCCUUCUAAUGUUGGGGGGAAUUCCCUGGCAGGUCUAUUUUCAACGGGUUCUUUCUGCCUCUUCAGCUACCUAUGCCCAGGUCCUUUCUUUCUUGGCUGCCUUCGGCUGCAUCAUUAUGGCCAUCCCCUCUGUCCUGAUCGGAGCUAUUGGUGCCUCCACAGACUGGAAUCAGACGACUUAUGGGCCAAUCCCUCCCAUGCAGAAAGACGAGUCAGAAAUGAUUCUUCCAAUCGUAUUGCAGUACCUGUGCCCACCCUACAUCUCCUUCUUUGGGCUGGGGGCAGUAUCUGCUGCAGUGAUGUCAUCUGCUGACUCAUCCAUCCUUUCAGCCAGUUCCAUGUUCGCCAGGAACAUCUACAAGCUGGCCUUCCGCCAAUCUGCAUCAGACAAUGAGAUAGUCUGGGUCAUGCGGAUCACCAUCUUCGUUUUCGGUGCUCUAGCAACAGCCAUGGCUCUCCUGACAGGUACAGUGUACGGGCUCUGGUACUUAAGCUCAGACCUGGUCUACGUGAUCAUCUUCCCACAGCUCCUAAGUGUCUUGUUUGUGCGAGGCACCAACACCUAUGGCUCGGUGGCAGGAUACGUCUUUGGCCUAAUCUUGCGCAUUGGUGGAGGUGAGCCUUACCUCAAACUGCCCCCUUUUAUCUUCUACCCAGGGUGGCACAUUAUGAAAAAGGUGCACCACAGCACAGGGGAAGUGGAGAAUUUGAUAUUGCAAAGGUUUCCCUAUAAGACGGUCUCUAUGUUGGCCUCCUUCCUGGGCAAUGUAGCCUUUUCUUACCUGUUCAAGUACUUGUUCGAGAGCGGCACACUGUCAGCCAAGUACGACUUCCUGGACGCUGUAGUGGCCAAACACAGUGCUGAGAUCAUGGACAGGACCACACUGGUGAACAGGAAUGUUAUCGGGCUAAGUGAGAUGGCGCCGGUGAGGCCACGUCUUAGCGUCACUUUGGCCAGCACCUUCAGCAGGAAGGAAACCCUGACUGAAGAGGAGGAGGACACCAGCCCAGAGUCUCCUAUUCAUGAAAAUGAGUAAUUUUCCAAUUAGGACUAUGGCCAUGAUGGGAAGGACAGCACCUCGUCAUAUGUACGCCUUUGACACCGAAUGAAAAUGGACAAUUUAACUGUAUGUAUUGGAUUUUACAUUGCUGCCACAGGAUCAGUCAGAAUAGCAAAACAGGAGCAGAUGUGGGAAAGAAUUGUGACAUAUUCAUCACAUAUUACAUCAUUUCAACCUGACACAGGUUUGAUGAAGGUUCAGAACGCUUCACUAUGGUAUGUAUAAACUCAUUUUGCUCCUCUUCGCUGAGGGAAAUCCUAGAUACUGUGACUACACCCCGUUCUAAUUGAGGCAAUAUUUAUUACAUAACCUUAUCCUAGGUCAGGACUUAUUUAUUAAAACGAAUUAAAAUACACUGUGCAUUAGCAAACAGGUUUAAAAGCUAUAAACCCAAAAUCAGAGUUCCAUUUUAAACAGUAUUACCAUCUUAUCCUCUUGUAAUUGAAUGUAUGUAUUAAUGUUAUUAUAUUAGCUGUUCCAUUAAUCUAGCAAGUUUUUCAGUCCAAUUAAUGAUAUACAACAUAUGGCAUAACUGUGAGAUAAUUACAUCCAGUAUAUUCAUAUUUUUGUGUAAUUCUAAGAACAGAAUAAGGGAGCGCUAUGUUAAUCGCCUUAACUAGAUGCGUUGUUCAAUUAGAAAUUUUAAACGACUGCCUAUGUAGUGCACUAUAUUUAAAUGCGGGUGCCAUUUCAAUUUCAGCUUGAUAUGCAAACGGUUCAGCAGAAACUUUCUAAAGAAAGGUAGUCGCUGCUGCAAAAGUCUUGUAAAGGAUACGUGCUGUGAUUUUUGAGUCGGUGUUCAUUUGUUGUCUUUUUGCAGAUUUGUGUGUGUGUGUGUGUGUGUGUAAUGUGUACAUAUAAACUGUAUAUUUUAAUAUAUUUUAAAGUUGUACAAAUCAAUAAUUUUAUUUUACUGUGUUCUUGGAGUUACUCAGUUUGGUGAAGAAAAAAAGAUUUUAGGCUAAAAAAAAAAAAAUCUAUAUUUAUUUAUUUAUUUAAGCCAUAAAAAAAGAUUCUAAAUGUAAAGAAACCAUGAAUAAAUUAUGUAUUACAAA